GGCGCAGUACUGCUAGGCUAAUCAGCUGACUUGUGUGAGAUGCUAGGUUGAAUUGAAGGACCUCUGUAUCCAAGCGCUGUUAUUGUUAUUUAUGCAAUAUGCACGGGCAUCUGCCACCAUUCCACUGAUUUACACCGAGAGAAGCAAACAUCGAAGCCCGUGUCAACGUUUCGUGCUCCUCCUCCUCCUUGACCAAACCUCCUGCCAGCAACCAUGACGGAAUUCUGGUUGAUCUCUGCUCCGGGGGAGAAAACGUGCCAGCAGACGUGGGAUAAGCUGAUGGUGGCCACCACGCGCACCAACAACCUUUCCACCAACACCAAGUUCAACAUCCCCGACCUGAAGGUGGGGACGCUGGACGUCUUGGUGGGGUUGUCGGAUGAGCUGGCCAAGCUGGACACCUUUGUGGAGAGCGUGGUGAAGAAGGUCGCUCAGUACAUGGCUGACGUUCUGGAGGACAGCCGGGACAAAGUUCAGGAGAACCUGCUGGCUAAUGGAUUGGACCUGGUGACUUACAUUACCAGAUUCCAGUGGGACAUGGCCAAGUAUCCCAUCAAGCAGUCACUGAAGAACAUCUCUGAGAUCAUCUCCAAGCAAGCCACCCAGAUAGACAACGACCUGAAGGCCAGAGCUUCAGCUUACAACAACCUGAAGGGAAACCUGCAGAACCUGGAACGGAAGAAUGCGGGGAGCUUGUUGACCAGGAGUCUGGCUGACAUUGUAAAGAAAGACGACUUUGUGUUGGACUCUGAGUACCUGGUCACCAUGCUGGUGGUUGUACCUAAGACCAGCUUUGCUGACUGGCAGAAGACGUACGAAACCCUGGCAGAGAUGGUGGUGCCUCGAUCCACCAAGAUGCUGUUUGAAGACAACGACAGUGGCCUCUUCAGCGUCACGCUCUUCCGGAAAGCGGUGGAUGAUUUCAAGCACAAGGCCAGAGAAAACAAGUUCAGUGUGCGUGACUUCCAGUACAACGAGGAGGAGAUGAAAGCCGACAAAGAGGAGAUGACUCGCUUGUCCACCGACAAGAAGAAGCAGUUUGGUCCUCUGGUGCGAUGGCUCAAAGUCAACUUCAGCGAGGCCUUCAUCGCUUGGGUCCACAUCAAAGCUCUGCGUGUGUUUGUGGAGUCUGUGCUGAGAUACGGUCUGCCGGUCAACUUCCAGGCCAUGCUGCUCCAGCCCAACAAGAAGAACAUGAAGAAGCUGAGGGAGGUGCUCUACGACCUGUACAAGCACCUGGACAGCAGCGCCGCCAUCAUCGACGCCUCCAUGGACAUCCCGGGUCUGAACCUGAGCCAACAGGAGUACUACCCUUACGUUUACUACAAGAUCGACUGCAACCUGCUCGACUUCAAAGUCUAGAGCGGCGGGAGGUCUCGCUCUGCGGCGUUCACAUUCCCCAACAUUCAAUUUCUUGUCAUUCCCGUCCUGUUCCUCCCCCUUCUUCCUGGUCCCCCUCCAUUCCAUACCCCCUCCUAGUAAGAUGCCCAACUGGAAGUAAGAGUUUUAAAUGACGGCAUCCAAAGAACUCAGCAUUUUUAUUGUGGCUUUGUUGUAAAGUAUCAGUCCAGAUGUAUAUGAUAAAUAGAAUAUUUAUUUGAAGAAUCAGUCAGUGUAUUUUUUGGAAGGUGACGUGUUUUUAGCUCCUUGUUUAGUUUCCAAGUAGAUGUUUAUCACAGUCCUGCCGCAUCAGGCUUGUCAUCUUUUACACUUCACAUAAGCAGCGUGCUUGCUGACUGUGCUCUGUGCGCUCACGUCUUCUCUUCCUGUGGAUUAUACUCUACUGUAAUGUCACGGUCAAAUGUAUUUCAAAAAUAAUAAGAAUAAAUGUAAAAAAAUAUUUGCUGGAU